UCACCUGUGCCCCUGGGAUCCUACCUCCUGCAGCUCCACCCAGAGCCAUUCUGCGACAUUCACCCAUCUCUGCAUCCAGUCUGCUCACCUGCUGUUAUCUUGGACCCCAUUAACAGUUAAUAGGUGUCUUCCAGAGCUAUGAAAUCCUUCAGCCCCAUCCUCUUCCUCCUCGUCUUCCUCCUCGCUGGACUGAGUUCCCAGGCCGCCUCUUCGGCCUCACCGCCUGCCGGCUCCGACUUUCCGCUCAUGGGCCACCCCUCCCAGACCUCCCCUCAUGCCUCUGUAAAUUCCACGCGCGACCAUCCUAACCCAGAAUCCCCUGGGAUUGCUUCUUCUGAGCCCACCGCACAUGACUUCACUGAAACCCCCAACCGAGAAUCCCCACAACCAGAGUCUCCUGAGACACCCAAACCUAACUCACUGAACACCUCAAUAUCAGAAUCUUUGGAGACCCCCAAAAUUAACCCUUCCCAAACGACACAUCCAGAACCUUCUGAGACCCCCAAACCUGACCCAACUGAAAUUCCACACUCAGAAUCCCCUGAGAUCCCCAAACCUAAUCCUUCCAAAACGUCACACCCAGGAUUUCCUGAGAUCCUGAACGCUGACCCUACCCAAAUCCCGCACCAAGAAUCCCCACAGGUUCCAAAACUUAACUCCACUGAAAUCUCACAUGCAGAAGCCCUUGAGACCCCAAAUCCCGACCCCACCACGAUCCUUCAGCCCAAAUCUCCAGACACCCAUGACCCUAAUACAGAGACCCCAAACUCUGAAUUCCUACAGACCUUCCACCCUGACCCUACCAAUACCCCCCACCCAGAAUCCUCUGUAACGCACAAUGCCGGCCCCACUGAAAUUCCCCACACAGAAUUCCCCACAACUCACGACCAAGAUGCAACAGAGAUCCUCACGGCCUCUGACCCUGAAAUCUCCACUAGUCUUCACCCAAAGACGCCUGCACCGUUCAAGGACCAGGCUACUGCCUUAAAUGAACUGCCCCUAAAUACAGAACCAGGAACCCUUGCAGCCACCCAGACCGACUCCCUUAAAUUGCCCACCUCAGAUUCUCUUUGGACCGUUGAGCCCGAAGCCUCCCAGAACUCUAGCCCUAAAGGGCCAGACGUUCCUCCUUCCUCAGCCCGGAUUGCAGGAUCCCCUGCUCCUCCAGGGCCCCCCAAUCAGCGGGGACUUGCCACUGCGCGGGCCCCCCAGCGGCGUGGCCGAGGUGAGAGAGUCAACGCUAUCAUCGUGGUGGAACGAGUGCAGGAGACCGGUGUGACGCUAGUGGGACGUCCCGGGGGCCUGGCCAACGGGGCCUUGUGCCUCUUCUUCGCCGGGACCGGGUUGCUGAUCGGCAUUUUCCUGCUGUUGUGGUGUCUCUACCGCCGGGCGGCUAGAUACCGGCCCUUCGCACACCACCGGCUUCCGAACGACGGAGACGAACCGGUUAUGCAUUUGGACGCCCCGAAGGAGCCCUAUGAUCUCUACUUUUAUGCGCCGGACGCCUGGGUCCCUUCACACAUCACCACCAAGCAGCCGCUGCCCACACCCCCGCUGCCACCCAAGCUGCCCCCGCCGCCCCAGGGGAGCUGCCCCCAACGUCUGGAGCCACUCUCCCCCUCCUCGCUCCCCAACAACUUCGUGUGAGCCCCACUCAAUCCUGCCAGACCUGCGCCAUCCACAGAUAAAGGAAGGACCCAGGGGUCCGGUCCUCCUGGCAUGCUUUGCUACGUAGUGGUACUCUGGAUAGAGUCCAACACACAGAGAUUGCUUUCCUGUGACUGGAGAACACACCAGCUGAGGCCUAAUAAAUCACGUGUUCUCACUGCUA